UGACAAAUGGGAGGAAGCAAAUUGGAAGGUUGCUUGAGAUUUCGGGAUGUGAAAACCAGUCUCCUUUCACGCUGGCCACCUACUUGGAUUAUCCACGGUUGUCAGAGCUGCGUUUCCUCCUCAGAGGGAACCUUUCCGAAAAGCAGACUUACUUUUAGCGACGUUGUUCAUCCAAUCGUGACGAUGGACCCUCGGGUGUGCCCACCCUCACUCAACAGCAGCCAAUCAGUGAUGAGCAGUCUGGACAAGUCUCCCGCUGGAGUAUCCAAGGUCGGCCACUCGCGGAACGGCAGCGUUGGGUCGUCACGCAACUCCCGACAGGUACACUCCGCUCACUGGGAGGUGUUGGACGACCAUAUGGACAUGGGUUCGGGGAUCGGGUCAGGGCUGGACAUGAGCGUCCCUGGCAUCUGUGAGGGCUUUCUGAUGAAGAGGAGGAAGUACCCAAUGAAGGGCUGGCACAAGAGGUACUUCCUGUUGGAAAAAGGAAUCCUCAAGUACUCAAAGACACAGCAGGAUAUCCAAAGAGGAAAGCUCCAUGGCUCCCUGGAUGUUAGCCUCGCUGUCAUGUCCAUCAACAAGAAGUCCAAGCGCAUCGAUCUGGACAGUGGAGACUAUUUAUACCACCUCAAGACCAAGAGCAAUGACUUGUUCUACAUAUGGCUGACCAAGCUGUGUGCCCAUCGUGUCUUCAAGAAGAACGAGGCCCUGGGCGUCCACCACGGAGUCCUCCAUGCCCUCACCAUGGGCAACAGCACGUUGUUGCCAGCCAUGGCCAGUCUAGCCCAGAGAAACCAAGCUGCAAUGCCAGGCAUGUACCCUCACUAUGCCAGCUCUGCCUCUGUCUACCAGGCGGAGAUGGAGGUUUCGCCCACAGCAGCCCCAGGGGUCAACGGCAAGGUGGCAGCAUGGCUCCAGCAGACCCACCAGUCCGAUACCUGCUCCCAAGAGCUAGCUCGUUCUCAGGCGGACUUGACUGAGUUGGCCCAGCUCAUUCAGAGGCUCAAUUGGCUGGAGAGUGGCCAGAAACCCAUCUCCAACAGUGACCUAGAGCGAAGAAUCAACUUGCAGAAUCUGACACUUAAUAUCCCCAAGGCCAAGAAGGAGAGGAAGACUACGAACAAGAUAUUUGGUCAUUCUCGCACCCAUUCUGGAGUCGAAACCUGCGGCAUGUUUACCUCCAGCCACCUGAGCACAUCGUCCAACCACCUGAGUGUGGGAGCCUCCUCGGUGCCGUCCAUCCCAGACUAUGUGUACUCACAGCUCUCCAAUCCUCUCAUAACCUCCCCCGAAGCCAAGAAGAUCCAGCAGGAGAUUUGUGCCGUGUCCCAUAAGGUUCAUGCCUCUCUCAAAUCCAUCCACGAGGUGCUCGCGCUGGAGCGUGAGCGGGUCCGACAGGCUUGGACCGGUCCCGACCUACGCUCAUCCACCUCCAAUCAACUGGCCACCCUGUGUAGCACACUGUCUGAGCUGGAGGUGCAGUCUUGCCAAACCAAAGUUCAUUCCCUGUCCCUUUCCUCUGGAUCCACGGGGGGCUCCAAGGAGUCCUACAGCACUGUGCGUCAGGACCAGAAUGCUGAGAAGACGCCCUCUAAGGGUUGCUCUGUGCAGCGCACCCCCUCGCUGGCCGACUCCAUGGCCGAGUACUAUGACGCCAGAGAUGUCAUUGUCUGUGAGAACUCAGAAGACGGCGAAGAGGAGUCUGAUGAAUCCGGGCUAAGUGACAUCACCACCACCAGUAACUCUGAGCCAGACGAGGUCCAUGCUUCUACUUUGCCUGCAGAGGCAGUAUCCCCGGACCAACUGCAAACAAAAGCCUCUGCCACCCUGAACUACCGCACCAGCGUGUCCAGAGCCCCGGACAUGGUCAGCACCGUGCCCACCAACACAGGCCGCCGCACCGUCCUGCCCGCCAACUGUGUCGACAACAGCCACAUUGGCAUCAUGACCAUCCUGUACAACAACAUUGGCAAGGACCUGUCACGUGUGUCCAUGCCCUGUGGCCUCAACGAACCUCUGAGCCUGCUGCAGAGAGUGAGCGAAGAGCUGGAGUACUCUGAGCUUCUGGACAUCGCCAACCGCACAGAGGACCCCUUCGAAAGGAUGCUAUACAUUGGAGUUUUCUCCAUCUCUGGCUAUGCCUGGGCCACCUGGCGGAACCGCUACAAGCCCUUCAACCCCGUCCUGGGAGAGACUUACGAGAGCCACCGCAAGGAGCGCGGCUUCCGCUACGUCGCUGAGCAGGUCAGCCACCACCCGCCCUGCUCCGCCGUGCACGCAGAGUCUGAGAACUUCACCUUCUGGCAAGACCAGCAAUGGAAGAACAAGUUCUGGGGGAAGUCUUUGGAGAUCAUCUCCUCUGGUCCAGUGAAUGUCAAGUUGCCAAAAUAUGGGGAUCACUACGAGUGGAACAAAGCGGUGACCUGCGUCCACAACGUCCUGAGUCAGCAGAGGUGGCUGGAGCACUACGGAGAGGUGACCAUCAGGAACACCAAGAGUGACCUCUGCACCUGCAAGAUCUCCUUCGUCAAGUCCCGCUACUGGACCUCAGAGACGAGUAAGAACGAGGUGCAGGGCCAGGUUCUGAACCAAGCGGGAGAGGUGGUCCACCAGUUUGGUGGGCUGUGGCACGAGGGCAUCUUCUGUGACACCCUGCCUAACCCAAAGUGCAUCUGGAAGCCCAACCCUCAGCCUGAUGACCACUUCCAGUACUACGGCUUCGGUCGCUACGCCAGGGAGCUCAAUGAGCUGACCCCUGAACUGAAGAAGGUCCUGCCUCCCUCAGACACCCGCUAUAGGCCAGACCAGAGGAUCCUGGAGGAGGGAGAUGUAGCUGGGGCUGACAGUAAGAAGGAGGAAGUAGAGCAGAAACAGAGGGACCGACGAAAAGAGCUGGCCAAGAAGGGAGAGGCGCACGUGCCUCGUUUCUUCAGGAAAGAGCUGGAUGCGGCAGGGAAUGAGAGCUGGCUGAGCAACGGAACCUACUGGAAGAUCCGUGAUCAGCCAGGCUUCGCCAACACCAAGAACUUGGAUCUGUGGGGUUGAGUAGACCUCAGCAGAGCCUCCUGUCAUUUUUGCUUCAUCAUAGACUAUUACAGCCCAAUGAGACUACUGAACGCAGAUACUAAAGUUCCACUAAGGAAGAGGAGAGGUGAAGGGAGUUUUGGCGGCAUGGAUGAUUCAUUCCAGGGUGACUGUCUGCCAUGGAGAGAGG